AUGUCUUCCCUCCUACCCGACACACUCAACCCUGCAACUCUUCUUUGCAAGCGCUUCAGGCCUGACCAGAUCCCUGACCUCACUGGUCGCGUCGCAUUGGUCACUGGUGGCUCCGCCGGCAUUGGCUUCCACAACGUAGCCGCUCUCGCCCAGCACAACGCGAAGGUCCACUUCGUCUCUGCCAACCCAGAGCAUGGUAAGAGCGCCGUGCAAGACCUCAACAAGGCGCUCCAAGAGAGUGGCGCCAAGGGCUCCAUUCACUACCACCAGCUUGACAUGCAUGAGCUCAAGAGGGUCGACAGCUGGGCGAAGCAGUUUGUUGAGCAGGAGAACCGUCUCGACAUCCUCAUUGCCAAUGCUGGGAUCGGACAAGCUCCCUUCGGCAUGACGUCUGACGGCCUUGAAAGACACUUCGAGGUCAACAAUCUUGCACACUACGUUAUUGUGCUCCGACUUUUGCCUCUCAUGCAGAAGACGGCGGCGAAGGCUCCCCCCGCAUCUGUUCGCAUCGUGAUGCAGAGCUCAGAGAUGCACCGUUUCGCCCCCACCGGAACGACAUUCGCCUGUAAGGAAGAGGUUUGCAAGGACGAGGACGGGACUCAGCUCUACGGGCGCACGAAGCUUGGACUCAUCGUAUUCGCCCAGGAGCUCGCCCGCCGCAAGCUAACGGACGCGACACAGCCUAUCCUCGCCAUAUCGGUACACCCCGGUGCGGUCGACACGGACCUCCAGAAGGCAUGGGGCCAGUCGUAUGGAGUUCUCGGCGUAGCGAUCGACAAGGUUACUCGAUUGGCUGGCAAGAGCGCCGAAGAAGGCGCGGAGGCGAGUCUAUGGGCGGCGGUCAGCACGGACAUCAAUCAGACGAACUGGAAGGAGUACCAGGGCAAGUACUAUUCGGAACCAUAUGGCAAGUCGGACACGGAAAGCAACGCUGCCAAGGACGAGGCCAUCCGCAACAACUUCUGGAGGCUGUGCUCGGAUCUCACUCAAGAGAUUCUGGGCGAACGGAUCGAGUGA